AUGGCAGUCACUCAAGAAACCAUCUCGAAAAGUUCAGACGGCGCACUGCGCCAGAUAUCAAAGCCGUACUUUUACCGAGAAGCAUACCUACGACCAGCGACAAUUCAAUGUCACGCCUCCAAUCUUCUACGCCUGUCUAAUGGCGACCUUCUAUGCGCCUGGUUUGGGGGCAACAUGGAGGGCAAAUCAGAUAUCAGCAUAUACCUGUCUCGUCUGGAGUCCGGCAAAUCGCAAUGGUCCGAAGCCAUUCGAGUGACUCAUGACAACACGCGCAGCGAGCAGAAUCCAGUGCUUUUCAGGCAUACGGACAAUAAUCUCUGGUUACUUUAUACAUCGCAACACAGAGGAAACCAAGACUCGGCCGUCGUGAAGCGGAUAGCUUCACAUGACAAUGGGUACACAUGGAAUGAAAACCCAGAGGUCAUCUUUUCGGAGCCCGGGACAUUCAUUCGACAACCUAUUAUUGUACUGGAUAACGGCAACUUAGUCGUGCCCACAUUCAAAUGCAGAGUCGACGCCGGUGAGAAAUGGGUCGGAAACGACGAUGUUUCAGCCAUUCGCGUAUCCCAUGAUCAAGGAAAGAAUUGGUCUGAGACUCCUGUUCCAGAAAGCACCGGAUGUGUACAUAUGGAAAUUCAGCAACUCAAAGAUGGGUCGUAUUUAAGCCUAUACCGAAGCCGAUGGGCCGAUUUUAUUUACUCAUCUACUUCUCCCGACGGAAUCACAUGGAGUCCUCCGAAGCCGACUUCCUUACCCAACCCGAAUGCUGGAAUAUGCUUCGACGUCCUGUCCUCCGGUCGAGUCGUGGUUGUAUACAACCAUUCCUCUCGCCAGAAUGCCACAGGUCGCCGGACGGGCCUAUAUGAUGAGAUCGGCGAUGAGGAAGGCGAUAAUCGACAAGAUCAGACGGUCAAACAUGAGGGUAAAGAAGCCUUUUGGGGAGCGCCUCGAGCUCCUUUGUGUGUUGCAUGGAGCGAUGAUAAUGGAAAGUCAUUCCAGCACAAGAUAUUGGAGGACGGGGAUGGCUUCUGUAUGACGAACAAUAGUGAGGAUAAGCUGAAUCGUGAGUUGUCAUACCCUAGUAUGGUAAUUGGAGAUGAUGGGACGAUUCAUAUUGCAUUUACGUUUUGGAGGCAGACCAUCAAGUAUGUGCAGAUUAGAAAUGAUUUCUUUGAUCAGUGUUGA